UGCAACGUCUGUUCCUUCCAUGCAAUGUUGUUGGCCCAUCAAUCCACCCUUUUGACGCACCUACCUUGCUACCUACUUAUUCAUGGAUCAGUCACGUGAGAUGCAACUCCUCCCCCGCCAUCCACAUUCUCUCGCCAAACAGUCAUCAACUAUCUCCUUAAUCGAAACAUCCCACCUCCCGCGAAGCGCACGUCCUUCGGAUACAACGAUAGCCUCUCCAUCCCCAAUAUCCCCCAAAAUCGAGAAUCCACACCUCAAGGAGAUAGCCGUCCUGGGCAUGUCGGCUGCUACCACUGACCCGGCCCUUGUUGCUGCUCCCGCCCCAGACCUCUCUCCUGUUGAUGCUGUCGACCAGGUAGGCCACGACUUGUCGGCCGUUGACCAAGUUGGCGAUCAUGUCGGCGCGUCACCAAAAGAGAGGCAUUCUCUGACCCUCGAUCAACGUAGGGCUUUGCGGCGCUGGGCCAACAGUCAGCCUAUCCGUCCUUCGCAUAAAGCCUGUAUUGAGUGGUUCUACUCGCAGUACGGCCAGCAAAUAAGCCAAUCCACCGUGUCGCACUCGCUGUCGCCAAAAUACUCGCGCCUUGAUAGUGACAACCCUCAAUUAUCUGGUUCUCGUCUACGGUAUGGAAACUGGCCUGAUGUAGAAAAGCUCGUCCUCAUCUGGUUCCAGCAAGUCCAGGCCUCUGGACGCCAGCCUACUAAUGAGGAGUUGGGAGAUAAAGCAAAAACCAUCUUCAACCAGCUACCAAGAUACAAAGAUGAAAACCCUCCCGAAUUUUCCCCGGGAUGGAUUCACCGGUUCAAAAAACGCUAUGGGCUUUUGAUACGAAGACAACGGCGUCAUGGGGAUGGCGGAAUAAAUCCAGCCGAAGAUAUUGGCUAUCUAGCCGAUUGCAUUCCCCGAUUCAUGAAUCUCGCUCCAGAUACAAGCCCAGGAGCGAUCAGAGAAGAAGUCUUGCGUGUUGUUGGCAUCGAACCCAGCCUCGGCAUGUGUGCAUUGGUGCGUGAUGAAGUGGUUCGUAGAUUAACAGGCCCCCAACAACCACAGCCGCCCUCUCUGCCCCAGCCUCCUCCCAUGAUGACGCACGACUCUCCUACAAUCCCUCCGCCCCAACCAGAUCAACCCAUCUACGCUGAUGACGACCCUGAAGUUGUUUUGCAGAAUGCCUUGCGCCAGCUUCAGCAGGAAGAGCAGGCCGCUGAAGAGCAGGCCGCGGCCGUGCGCGAAGAGCGUGAGCGUGCGGAACGAGUCGGGCUCCAACAAAACAGCAUCAUGACUACUCCUACCGCGCGUGCCUCUUCUGUUCAGCGCUUCACGGCUACGCCAGCCCAUGACUUGGGCGCUGAUCUCACGCUCACUCCGAUCGCAUCGGAUACGCCUGUCGCUCGAGAUGAACGGCCCUUGAGGUGCCCCUUUUGUGUCAACCAGCGCAUGCUACGUACUAUAAAAGAAGCAAUCGAGCACAUGUCUACUCAUGUUGUUGUGUGAUUGGUGGCCGUUUGGGGAUUAAGGGCAUUUCUGGUUUCCGUCAACACUGUCAUUCACAAAGGAGUUGGAGUUUUAGGUAGACGAUUGUGGCUUCGGGCGAAUAUGUACUAUAUAUACAUACACAAACACACAACUUAAUGCUGAGCGUAUGCCACUUCAUGAACUG